CCUAACAUCUGACACGCAGAACGGUUACACACUGGUAAUACAUGUCGCUGACUGGUCUCCGUGACACGAAUUUCUUUGUCGAUUCCUGCAUAGACUAGCUCCUCCGAGGGGAUAUACGCAUGCACCGCGCGAUUGCAUCACUCAAAAUGCUGCAUGUGUCUAAUCAAGAAACCUCCUUAGAACACGAUGCAAUCUUCCGCCUUGCAUCAUGCGACUUGUUCACAAGACAGUGGAAAUUGAAGACUGGCACGAAAGAUUUUUUGAAGCCCUUCUCCUCUCCAUGUACACUGUCAGGAAUACAGCGUUUUCAUUGUGCCGACUACCCGUUUGUCGAAAUCCUUCAGUAUAUAAGGCUUCGACAUUUGCUCGCAGAAACAUCGACCUCGCUCUUACGAUUUUAUGCAAGGUUGUUCUCUUGCUACCCGUAUUCUUGUCCGUUGUGGGCGGAAUUAUAUUGUACCCAAUUGCAGAUGUCUCUGUGGACGUCACCGCAGACGUGUCUGCAGACAUCGCUGCCGAUGUCUCUGUGGGCACGGUAGCGCUACGAUCGUUAGAUGCGCGUGCCGUCGCCCCGACACUCGAUUUUGACGAGUCUAACUGGAUUUGGACGGGAGAGAGGCCGAUGCCUCUCGGAGUACGACCCUUCCGCAAGGCAAUCCCGGCUUCAAGGACCAAGUGCCCGGUAUGCGCGACUAUUAUCAUUUCGAGUGAUGAUCUUUAUUCCAUCACUGUAAACGGUGUGGAGAUCGGAUCAGGAAACGGUUGGACUCAUCCCGCCGCAUACACUGCAGGCCUGCAGCCCGAAAAUGACAAUGUCUUUGCUAUCGCUGUGAACAACACAGUUGGAGAUGCCGCAUCGCUUAUAGCCACGAUCCUUGUUGACUAUAAAGAUGGCACCACCGAGACUAUCAUCACCGAUAGUACCUGGAAGACACUGCGAACUGUACCACCGUCCGGUUGGACGAACCCUAGCUUCGACGACGCUUCAUGGGGUAAUGCGGUCUCGAUUAUGGCAGGGACAAGCACGCCUUGGGGUCAGCCGUUUGUACUCCCGCCAGCGGUCAACGUGAUGGGUACGAGGCGGAUCUGGACCAACGAAACUGACGCACAACAGGCUGCACCUGUUGGGCAUAGGCCCUUCCGCAAGACUAUCACUUCGCCCUACGGGAAAGCUGCUGUCUGUGGAAAGGUCGUUAUCACCACGGAUAAUGCGUAUACGCUGUAUGUCAAUGGUGGUAACAUCGCAUAUUCGAUCCCCCAGUUGGAUCCGGACGUAAAUGUCGUUGCUGUUGAUGGAGAGAAUCAGCCGCCCGUUUCUGGAGCUUGGGUUGGUGCCGGGAUAUUGAUUGCAUACAACGACGGGUCGUCGGAGAGGUAUUAUACGGAUGCUUCGUGGAAGACAUUGAUCUUUGCGCCUCCUGCCGGGUUUGAGGAAGCAGGUACUGACGAUAGCUCUUAG